AUGGCCCGGUCCGCCAGUAUGGCCAGCGACGGCCACGAGCGCCUGGAGCCGCGACUGCUCCGCGCCGCCGAAAACGACGACAUCGAAGCCCUCCGCACGGUCAUCAAGCUGGCGCACGAGUACAACCAGUUUAGCGACAAUUUCCUGCGUGUAGCCGUGAUGCGCAGCGCCGAGCGAGGCUCCGUCGCCGCGACCGAAUUUCUGCUCGAGCUCGGCGCAAAACCGGAUGUAACUGGGAAUCGACCGUCACCGCUCCUCCGCGCCGUCGAGCGCGAUCACUAUCAAAUUGUGCGCCUGUUGCUGGACCAUGGUGCCUCGCCGGAUACCAUGGAUAAAGAGGGGCGGACGGCGUUGAUGACGGCGGCAUGGAAGAAUCAUGCCGACGUGCUGCAGUUACUGAUUAUGCGCGGGGCGAAUGUGAAUGCGAGAGAUCAUCGGAAGCGCAACGUGCUUCAUAAUUUGGCGGCGGAUAAGGAGUGUCGAUGGGGAUGGGGCGAUGAGAUUGUGACGUUACUCCUCAGGACGGACUGUCUGGUUGAUGGGAUUGAGGGACAGGAUGAGCUGGGGAGGACGCCGUUGCAUUGGGCUUGUGCUCAGGGGAAUUGGAGGCUUGCGGAGUUGCUGUUGACCAGACCGGACGGUCCCAAGGCAAACAUUGAUGCGGUCGAGUUGAGAGGGAAGACCGCGUUGCAUAUUGCGACUGCGCAUGAUCGGGCGGAUAUCGUUCAGUUACUGUUGCAGCAUGACGCUGCGGUCAAUGCUUGCAGUGAUGGUGGAUGGACACCGCUCCAUAAUGCCUGUGAACGAGGAUGCGAGGCAAUCGUUCGUAUCUUACUGCGUGCGGGGGCCCAUAUCAAUAGUCAGCUCUUGAACGGCGUGACCCCUUUGCAUCUUGCGGCGCAAGGUGGGCAUACCGAGGUUGUGAAGGGUCUUUUGGAACGACCGGAUUUGAAACGUCGUGUACGCGAUAACUUUGGGAGUACGCCUUUCCUGCGAGCGGCGCAGUUUAAGCGCAAAGAUAUCGUUCUGCUGUUGGCACCUUUCAACAAUGUCGAGUCCCUGUCCGACGAUGUGAAAGAUGCCUCUGCGGCGUUUGAUGCCACCGUGGUCGACUUUGGCAAUUUCCACAAUGAGAACCGCGUGAAACGAAUGUCGGUCUUCAAUCUACUGUACGGUCGAGAUCCCGAGAAUCCUCGCAAGCAAGCCGUGACGACCGUGCCGGCAGACAGCCGUGCCACUGACUUUCGUUGGAUUCAUCUUCCCGCAAAUAACAUGGCUUGGGUUGAGGCACUUCUCACCAAGUCAUUCAUCGAAGAAGGUGCGCAUGACGUCGACGGGUUCAAGGGUCUCGAGAAAUCCUUCAACUAUCAACAUCGUGGUCAAAAGAUACACUCACAUUUCAUGCGGCCUUUGUGCCAGCAUACACCUCGCUCAUUUGAGCGGCGAGAAGAGGAAAAGCUGGAGAGGCAACAGUCAGACAUUGCUCCAUCAAUCAUGACAGAUACCAGCUCUACGUACCGCAAACAGAAGGGACCCAGCAGCAAACUCGACCGGGUGGAUUCUCAUUCGCAUGAUGAAAGCAGUGGAGGUGCCCCGGGGAAGAAGAACAAAAAUAAGAAACCCGGCAAAUCGGGCAGCAAUCCAGGGACCCCCAAAUCGGAGGUCAAAAGCAAAUCGCCAUGGGGUCCGUCAGAGAAACAGGCGCGCCCCUCCCCUCUUUCUGCCCUGGGGCUCUGUAGGGAUCCUCAAGCAAGUCAUAACGCAGCAUGCAAUGUUUGUGUGUUUAUGCCUUAUUUGCAUUUUGAAACCGCAGAGCGCAGACAGAAGAUGCAAGAGGCGAUCCAGCGAGCCGAGAUGUUGAGUUUCCAGCCCACUGGCAUGAAACGAACCCGAACCCGCGAUGAGAUGCUGAUCGAUGCACAUCUGUCUUCGUCGACAACCUCCUUGCACGUCCGUCGAACGCUAGACCAGUUCUUCUAUCCGAACAUUGAUACCCAAAGCCGUGACCAGGAUCAGGUGGUGUACCGAUAUCAGACCAAGGGUCCCGGUCGUGAAGGACCGGGGACGGACCCUAAGAUCUUCAUGGUUGAUCAGUUGUGGAUGUGGGUUCUCGGCACGAAUCUGAUUGUGACUAGUUUCCCGCAGCGAUGGGAUCAGCCGAAGAAUGACCCGCUCAAUGUGCUGGAUGGAAUCAUCGAGGAUAUCAACUCCAAGACUCGAGACCCCGUUAGGUCGGUGUAUGACCUCGCGAUCAUCAUCACCAAUCGAUGCUCGGGUGUUUUCGACCGCCACCGUCUUGGAGACGACGAGUAUCAGUUCCUGGACAUGUUCGAAUCCUCUAUCGGUAUUGCGACUGACCGAGAGACGCUACUCUUCAAUCGCUUUAAUCGUGCCUCAGUGCAGGCAUCCGCUUGGUUGAAGAGUCACCGAAAAUUAAAUCCCUUGUCGCGCAGCUCAGCUCGCUCGAUAUCUGGUGAUGCAGCAGAGAAAGACACGCCAUCUGAGGACGAGGAUUAUAAUCAAGACGAUGGCCAGCCGCUGUUCGUCGAUCGUCUGCUGGAUAUCGGCGAGGAAACCGAUUUGCUGGCAGAGACGAAAGAUAUUCGCGACGAAUUGAAUAUGAUUCGCACUGUGUUGGAACACCAAAAACAUGUCUUGGUGGACUUCCAGGAUGUCAUCUGCUCGGUCUACCUGGCACAGCAGAUUUCCCAAGUGGAUGUCAAGAAACGCUUCAAGGACCAGCAACGUAUGAUCGAAAUGCACUUGAAAGAUAUCGAUCGUAUGGACAAACAAGCCGAGCGUAUCUACCAUUCCAUCACGGAUUUGCUUGACCUCAAGCAAAAACACGCCAACGCAUUCGAAGCCCGUUUCGCUCGUGACCAAGCAGCGGGUACUACCCGGCAAAGCAAGACAAUCAUGGUGUUCACUAUUGUCACAAUUAUCUUCCUACCGCUAUCCUUUAUCACAUCAAUUUUCACCAUCAACAUGAAAGAAUUCGAGAAUUUGAAUUUUGGAUAUGUUGCUCGCUAUACCUUUGGCAUUGGGUUUGCCAUUUCAAUCCCUCUUAUCGUGGUUGCGCUUUCUGUGGAUGACAUUGGCGAUUUCUUCCGAUCGGGAACGAUUCGCAGUCGGCAUUGGCUAUCCCGAAGGGAUAGACCUGCCCCCGCAAUUGACCGCAGCGAGGGUCAGCUCGGGGCUCUCGAGAUUGAGAAAAUUCUCAGCUUGGCACGAACGCGGAGAAGUGGGGAGCUAGACUAUGGGCCAAGCCUGCUGCCUAUUUCCUCUCGUGGCUCCGGGGGUCCUAGACCUCGAUCUGAUCUUUAUGCCACCGGGUUGGGUAACGGCCUAGUACGGAAAAGCUACGAAGUCCGCCGCAGUGUGGAAUACAGACCUUAUACAUGA